AUGUCUGAGAAACUGAAACAGUGCAGGGAAGAUCUAGCAGCUGCUCUGGACCGAGCUCUGGAGGACAACAUUGUAUCUCCUGCGUUCUCUUCGGAUCCCGAGUGGCUUGAGUCAGGAAGGUUACUGCAACCAAAUGCUAGUGCAUUCAUUAACCAUCCCAUUGCUAGAAUGUAUUCACCUUUCAAUUCGCCACAUCUCACCCAACCAGUUCUGCAAGUAUUAUCUGAGAGAGGACCAUAUUACUGUGUGCCUGCAGAACUUGCCCUGAUGGAUUGCAAUAACAUUUCCUUUAAAGUAAAACGGCUUGUUUUUGGAAAUGCGGAAGGCUUUGUUAUGAAUGCUAAUGUUCCAGUCCCUGAUGGUCCCUUUGAAAAUGGUUGUGAGAACACAGAUAACUUUACACAAGAAUAUAUCAGUUCUUCACAAGAAGCCAACAAUUAUGCAUGUCUAGAAGCACAGGGAAAUAGUUCUCCAAGCAAUUCAUGUGAGGAACUGACGAAGAACCUUCUGGAAGUUAUAGAAAGCACCAGCAUUCGAACACUUGAGGCCUUAGCAGGAAAAUUGGAACCUUUCAGUGAUUCGUGUCUAUCUCCUUCUCAGUCUGCUGGGUCCAUAUCUGCAGAAGACACUCUAGCCUUAUUCUUUGCAGAUCCACCCUACAGCCCAAUAAAGAAAGAGCCACAGAUUGGAAAAUACAGAGUCUCAGAUGAUGACAACCUGAUUAAUAUUGUCUUGGACUUGGAGGAAGAUUACAACUUGGUGAAAAAGUUAUGA